UUUCUUACUUUUCUUUGGCAAUACUUUAUAGUUCUUGCAUAUAUAUAUAUAUAUAUACAUAUAUAGAUAUAUAUCCCACAUACACUGCUGAUGACUGGACCUAUGGUCUUCACACGGAACUACACCCUAGCCCUUUCCUUUAUACGCCUUUAUUUUGAGACAGGGUCUCACUAAGUUGCCGAGCGAGCCUCCUGCCUCAGCUUCCAGACUAGCUGGGAUGGCAUGUGCUUGGCUUUGGACCUGAUGGCACUUGUUGCUAGCCUGCUGGGGAUUUCCGGCGUAGAUGCUCGAGUGAACUGGAGUAAUGGCAGUGCCGUGUCGUCCUCUGCCUGUCUGUUCGGCAUUUGCCUCUUUUGAUUUUCCUAUUGCUCUGGACAGGACCUCCUCCACAAUGCUGGGUAGAUAUGCUCAGAGCGGGUGUUGUGAUGAGACCUUUAAAAACUUGUUUAAUCUUCAUCAAACAGGAAUAAUCACUGGCUGUAAUAGAGGCAGAAAAAAAAACUAUGAUAUGUGAAAUGUAUGUGUGAGCAGGUUCGACAGAAAAUGGAGCCAUUAAAUCCUACUCCUUGGGGAAGAUUUAUUUACUUGUUCGUUUAUUUAUUGUUUUUGGUAUUGGGGAUCAAACUCAAGACCUCGAAUUUGCCAGGCAGGCACUUAUGCUGCUGAGCUGAAUCCCAGGCAUCUGUUUUUGUGUUUAGAGACAGGACCUCGCUACACAGCUCAGGCUGGCCUCGAACAUGUGGCGAUCCUCCUGCCUCAGCCUACCGAUGGCUGAACUUGCAGGCGUGUACCGCGAUGCCCACUGGUGGAGGAUGGUGGAGGACAGGGUUCUGAGUGUCAUCGACAUUUCAGAGGCCGCUUUGCCCUUGCUGCGCUCUCCAGGUUGCUGCCGCGCUGCCUCUGCUCCCUCCACCCCCUCGCCUGCAGGAUGCUGGUCUCUCCCCGCCUGCUGGGCUGCUCGCGGACCUGCUCCCGCGUCCUGGGGCUGAGCCUGGGGGCUGCGGCGCUGUUUGCUGCUGGUGCCAACGCGGCGCUCCUCUUCCCCAACUGGGACGUCACCUACCUGCUGCGGGGCCUCAUCGGCCGGCACGCCCUGCUGGGCUCCGGGUUCUGGGGAGCGGGUCUGAUGGUGCUCAUGGCUGCCACCCUCAUCUCCAUGAUGGGCUGGAGAGGCUGCUGCUUCGGGAAGAGUGCACCAUGCUGCAGUAUCCUCACUGCUCUGCUGGCCAGCGGCUUGGCUUUCCUUGGAUCCCUGAUCUGUUUCAUCACUUCCGGAGUGGCCCUGAGAGAUGGCCCACUGUGCAUGUUUGACAUCUCAUCCUUCAAUCAGACAAAGGCAUGGAAAUACGGUUACCCAUUCAAAGACCUGCGGCACAUAAAUUAUCUGUAUGACCAUUCACUCUGGAGCUCUGUCUGCCUGGAGCCCUCUAAGGCCGUUGUCUGGCACGUGUCCUUCUUCUCGGUUCUCCUGUGUGUCAGUGCACUCCAGCUUCUCCUGGUGGCCAUCCAUUCCAUCAAUAGCCUCUUCGGCCUCUUCUGCAGCCUCUGUGAGGAGUGACAGGGUCUCAUUAUGCAGCCCAGGCUGGCCUCUACCUCGAGUCAGUCCUCCUGCCUCAGUCUCCUGAGUGAUGAGAUUGCAAGUGUACGCCACCACACCUGCCUCCAUGUACCUGGCUGAGCACACGCACAUGGUGCGUGUACUCACACCCAUGGGGGCUCACACCCAUCCAGGAUCAGGCCUCCUUUCCUGGCUGAGCAGGCCUCGAGGCGAGCGAGGUCAGUCCUUGCACCAAGACAGUUCCUAGUGGACGGCAGGCCCCUCCUCGCCUCUGUGCUUCAGGAACUCUGGCUGUCACUGCAGGAGAGCUUCGCAGGCCAGCGCCUCCUCCCUCAGCCUCAGCUGGGCAGCAUACCCUCCUGCCCCACUGCACAUGCAGGGUGGCUCCUCCCCUCUGGACGCCCCAGCCUCUCUGCACCUAGAACCUGGGGUGCACCCAGUCGAUGAUGGUCCUCAGAGCCUUGAGGUCUCAAUGCAGUCACAUGGUGUUGGCGCCCAACCGUCUCUCUCCAAAAUUUGAUUUUGGGCCCUGACUGGGGGACAAGGGAAGGAAAGGGCCUUGGAGAAGGGAGGAGGCGAGUCCGGGGCUGGUGUUGCUCCCCUCAGCAGGCUGGGGUUGGGUAAGCCUUUUCUGAAGGAGAGCCUUCUAUCCUCAAGUGUGCGUUUGGGACUGAGGAGGUUGUUUCUGGUUCCUAGUCCCACGCAGAGGUGAGGCCGUCUUCAGAGCAGUGUGUCCUGUCUGCAGGACUAAGGACAUUUCUCAUGGACACCAUGUCCCCUGGAGGAUGAAGCACGUUUUGCUUGGACACCUUGUCACAUGUGAAGUUGGAAGAAUAAUGCGACGUGACAUGCGGCUUGUGCUCACGAAGCAGCGGGACAGUGUUAACUUCCAGCCCUCAGUCCUGUUAAGUAGGAGGCGCCCUUGUUUGCACUGAGGGUGUAGGGCUGAAUUGUGUGCAGUGCUAUCCCACAGCGUGGGGAAAAGGCUUUCUGCAGCCGUCUGUGUGUUGGAGAUUGUUUCAAAUUUGUAAGAACUAUUAAAGAUCGCACUUUUUACUUAAA